UCGAGUAGUUCCCAGAAGGCUAUAACAUCUGUUCUGUGCCGUUCCUGCCCACUCACUCCUGAACCGCGGGAACUCUCUCUGCUUCAGUAUGAAUGAACUCAACACUCUUGUGAAUCGAUGAGUGUCAGUUAUUGAGGGGGUCCAGAGUGUGUGUGUGUGUGUGUGUGUGUGUGUGUGUGAUGGGUGUGUGGGCUCUGCUGCUGGUCUCUCUCCUGCAGUGGAUCUUCACACAGGCGCUGGAGAGGAUCGAGCUCCAGGAGGAUCAUCUGCUCACCUGUGGACAGGGGAUACUUCACUGUGACGUCCGCUCAGGCGGCCCGGCGUGCCUCAGAGAUGACGAGCGUGUCCAUGUGACCCGUCUGGACGCCGCGGUGGCCGAGUGCCAGAAGCCGGAGAGCCGGAGCCUGUGCCUGCGGACGCUGCUGCGCGUCUCCCUCAGAGACGCAGGUGGAGCCGUGUCGGGCGAUGGCAGUGCAGAGGAGGAGGAGGAGGAGGAAGAGCAUGGAGGCGUUGAUGGAGAAGAUCCCGAGAACACGACGACUGCUGCCUCUGUCCGCUUGUGUUACAGCUUUCCUUCACACUCGUUCUCCAGAACCAUUCGCUUCACAGUCCCGAACUCAGCUUUAGAGGACAACACCACACCACAGGUGUGGAUGUCUUUAGUGGUGGAGAUACCGGCGGCAAAGCUCGGCAGUGUUGUUGUAGUCCAUUCUUCAUACACAAACUCCACUAAACAUGUCCGCAUCCCUUCAAAAGAGGAAGUGUGUAAGGGUUUAGAUGCCAUGUACUGUAAAGUCGCACCCAGACUACACAGAAGAACUGACCAUGUGACGGGAGCAGUGACACUGUAUGUGGCGGAUGCAGAGAAAUGGAGAUCGCAAGAGUUCAGCGCAUGCCAGAGGCGGGACAGGGACGGACUCUGUCUUAAGGUGGAAUGGAAUAACACCAGCCAUGAGUUUGAGAUUUCCCAGGGAUCUGUCGCCCCCUGUCUGUGCUUUGAGAUUUGGGGGAACUUUACUCGGACAGAGUAUUGUCCGUUUUUGAACGAAACAGUCCCCGUGUCCAGUGUGUCGGUGUCUGUGUCCGAGGCUGAAGGUCGUGACCUGCGUCCCGCUCUGCUGUGGAUCCUCACGGGCUCCUGCCGGCUCGAGGCUCAGCUGUGGCCGUGUCGGAGGAGCUCAGGCCUGGACACCGGAUGCCAUGCGCUGGACACCAGAUCUCACGUGCACAUCCACCCGAACCACAGCUGGACCCAGACCUCCGACCACGGGCGCUGGACAUUACAAGGAGAGUUUCUACAAGUGGAACGUCAUCCUCUGUUGUGUGUUCAGGUUAAAGUGGUGGGAAUGGAUGGUUUCGUGGGACCAGUGUGUCCUUUUGAAGUGAAGAGGGCUCACUGGAUCUUCCCGCUGGUGUUGUGUGUUCUGCUGGUGUGCCUGUCAGUUCUGGGAGCCUAUGCAGUGCAGGGAACACUAAAGAGCUGGGUGUUCAGAUGGCUGAAGCUGGAUGAUGUGAACACUGCGGUGUCGGCAGGUGUGGAGCUGCUUCUGGCGUGUCCUCCGGACUCAGACGCCGCCGUGAUCCAGCUAAUGUGCCGUCUGGGCUCGAGUCUCUCGGCUCUCGGCUUCACCGUGUCUCUGGACUUGUGGAACCGCUCCGAGAUCAACGCUCUGGGUCCGGUUCCCUGGCUGCACUCCUGUCUGGAGCGGGUGCGGCGGAGCGGAGGGAAAGCCGUGAUGGUUCUGACUCCGGAAGCCUGCGAGCGGGCCGAGCAAUGGGGCUGUCGAGGAGGCAAACCGGAAGAAGGACCGGGGGUCCGGUCGUCAACGUGCUCUGAAGUCUUCGACGCAUUGCUGAGCCGUGUUCUGGGAGACUAUCUGCUGGGUCGUGCGGGAGAGCGGUUCGUGCUGGCGCAGUUCGACGGGCGGUGCUCUGCCACGGCCCUGCCCGCGUUUCUCCGCGGACUGCCGUUGUUCAGCUUGCCUUCCCAGAGUCUGGACUUCAUAACGGAGCUCACGUUGGGGGCUCGUACGGGAGCAAGAGUGUGUGAGCGGUGGGAACGAGCGGGGGCGUUGAGGACUGCGUCACGGGCGUUAUCAGGAGCGCUCAGAGAGGUCACGGGGGUCACAGGACUCACCUGUCCAUGGCUCUCUGAGGAGAACGGAUGGGAAACCGUCCCACUGCGAGCAGAACAUUCAAGCACUGCUUGACCCCAAAAUAAGCACUGGAGGUUGGGUCUAAACGAAUCUCAGGUGCACGCCGAGCCUCAUCUUAACCAAGAACCUCGUAAAGUACGGUCCAUUUCCCAGAUCUGGGCCACAUCUGAUACAUGUAGAACCCAUUACCCCUUUUCCACCAGUUCUGUGUGUUUCUACCGCCAGAGAACCGGUUCUCGGCCAGGAAAAUUGGUUCCAAAGUGGCACCAACUAGAGGUCUUCACGGGUCCACUUGGAUCCGAAAACCCGAGGUCCGACCCGAGACCCGACCAAAAGUCCGACGAGAGUCUCGGGUAACUUAAAAUAAAUUUGCCUUUUCCAAAUGGACCCGAGAUGACCCGAAUUAUUUUAAACAAUGUUGGACAUUUAACAAAAUUGCGGCAUUUAAAACAACCGUUCUGACUUUUUUUUAAGUGAGAGAGCGAAUCCGCGCUUUUACGUGCAAUGGGAUAUAAGCAUACCCAGAUAGCAAACUGACAUUGAAUCAACGUGGAAAUAUGACAUCGAAACAACGUUGAUCUGACAUUGUUUUG